AGCGCGUUGAAGUGAACGCGGCUCGGAGCGGCCCUCCGGCGACUGGUUUCUACCCCAGGAACAGACCUCUUUGCUCAUAUAAUGGGAUGAGCCAGAGUUGUUGCAGCCAGUGCUGAACUCAGGGUGACCUCCCUGCAGGGAUCACAAUGAUGAGUCCAGCUGCUGCCUGCCAUUGGAAUGGCAGGGACAUCUGCUCUUGAAAGAAGAAACCCAGGAAUCUGCAGAUCAGUUUUCAAGGCCACAGCCUUUCCCCCUCUGGUACUUUCCGGACCUUAAAACUAGAAAUUACUGACUGGGAAAGGCGGACAUCAUGUUCACAGCGCCUGGCGUGGCGGCGGUUGGCGGAAGGCCUUAUUCCUGCAGUGAGUGUGGCAAAAGCUUUCGGUACAGUGCAGUGCUGCUGCGGCACGAACGUGCCCAUGGUGGUGACAAACGUUUCCGCUGUCUCGAGUGUGGUGAACGCUGUGCUCGAGCCUCAGACUUGCGUGCACACAGGCGGACCCAUGCUGGCCAGACCCUCUACGUCUGCAGUGAGUGUGGCCAGAGCUUCAGUCACAACAGCCUGCUGGACCUACACUUGGGGACACACCGAAGGCGUAGCCACACCUGCCCUUGCCGCCUCUGUGGCCGUCGCUUCCCUCACAUCCCUGCACUACUGCUGCAUCGGGUCCGACAGCACCCACCUGAGAAGCCCCACCGCUGCCCACUGUGUUCCCGCUCCUUUCGGCAGAGUGCUCUUCCUUUUCACCUGGCACGGGUGCACCCCCCAGAGACCACCACUGCCACCACUCCUUCCCCCAGCCCGCUGCACCACUGUACACAGUGCCCACGGGCCUUUCAUAGCAGUGCUGGGCUGCGGAACCAUUCCCGCAUCCACGUCGUCCUCAGCCUCAGCGACCCUGGCGCUGAGGCCCACCAGUGUGGUGUGUGUGGUAAGAGCUUCAGCAAGAGUUCCACACUCACACGACACCUCCAGAGGCACUCAGGGGAGAAGCCCUACAAGUGCCCUGAAUGUGGCAAGGGCUUCUUGGAGAGUGCCACGCUGGUGCGGCACCAGCGAACACACACUGGAGAAAAGCCAUACGCAUGUAGCGACUGCGGGCGCUGCUUUAGCGAGAGUUCCACACUGCUGCGCCACCAGCGCAGCCACCAGGGUGAAAGGCCCCACGUGUGCCCUACUUGUGGCAAGGGCUUUGGACAGCGAUAUGACCUUGUGGUGCACCAGCGCAGCCACACGGGGGAGAGGCCUUUCCCGUGCCCAGAGUGCGGCCGGGGCUUCACAGACCGCUCAGACCUCACCAAACACCUGCGCACACACACUGGGGAAAAGCCUUACCACUGUGAGCUGUGUGGCAAGCGAUUCACCUGCAUCUCCAACCUCAAUGUGCAUCUGCGCAAUCAUGCCGGCCAUAAACCACACAAGUGCCCAGAGUGUGGCAAGUCCUUCAGUGUUGCUUCCAAGCUUGCACUGCACAGAAAAACACACCUAGGUGAGCGGACAGCAGAAUGCACGGAGUGUGGCAAAUUCUUUAGCCAUGGCCGAUCACUGUCACAGCACCAGCGGUCCCACAGACGUGCUAGAGCAGCUGCAAUGGCAGCCACUACCACCACCGCUGUUGUCACUGAGGUAACAGUAGGUCCUCCCCUUGCCCUCACAGGGCCAACGGAACAGGAGAGAUCAGGGCUCCUAGUGUCUCCAUUUCAGGAAACUUGCUAAGCAGGCCCUAUAAGGUGGCUGGGUAAACACAUUCAACCCUGAGGAAAAGACAGCUCAGAUGGUUUGGAAGCCAGACCUACUGCUGUUGUUGCAUUGUUACUAGGUACUCACCUAGGUUGCCUUGUCUCUAAACGAAGAUCCCUAACAGCUCUUCCAUCAUCCAUCCUUGUAUUCCCCAGCUCAAAGUCCUAGGAGUCAAGGAACCAAUACCACAGCCCUAUGCAAGACAGACGAGGUGUUUCGUGUUCUGUUUCUGCCACUCUGCUCUCCCUUGGUGUUGGGCCUGAGCUUUUCUUUCUUGGCUCUUCAGGCAACAUAUUUGGUCAGUUAGGUCUCUUGUUUCUUAUCUGCCUGUUAAUCUCUACUGCUUUCUCUUGCUUGAGACGUAGUUGCAGUAUGGAAGGGUGGAAUGGCUCCCUUCUCUAAAGGACCAAGAUCUGUGGAAGUGACUCCCUUCAAAAGGUAAAACACAAAAGUAGGCACUCAUCAGCCUGGCCAUCCAUAUGCCCUUUUACAAGAUGCCUCUUAGGGCCCAACAAAAUGGUUCAGCAGGUAAAGGCACCAGCUGACAACCUGAAUUUGAUCCUUUGAACCCACACAUGUACCAUCCAUGGCACAUGUGCACACAAAGAACCCUACCCUCCCCCAACAAAUGCCUCUUCGAACAAUUUUCUCUAGCCAGGUAAGAAAUGUUUGCCUUGGGAUGCAGCCUAAGAUUGUGUAAGUCCAUAAAGCCCAGUGACACCAUGUGAAACAAAAGAAUGUUCUUUCCAGAUGAAGCUUCAAGGCAUGAGGAAACAAGUUCCCUGGAGUCCUGGGCAAGGGCAGGAUGUAAAGCCUGGAAUUGGUCAAUGACUGCUUAUAGCUGGUAACAUUGCUAUUUGUUUGGGUUUGUGACACCAACAACCCCUUUGUCAAAAUGAGUUCCAAGUUCUCAUCCCUUUUGGUGGUGGUUUCUUCAUUGCUGUGACAAAUGCCUGAGAAAAUCAACUUAAAGAUUUAUUUUGA